GCAGAAGAAGAGUCAGCAGCCCCCGCAGCUUCAACCGAGAUAAAGUAUGGCAAUGCCGGGCCAGAGCCCCUGCCCCCCCAUGAGUAACCACACCAAGGAAAGGGUCACCAUGGCCAAAGUGACUCUGGAGAACUUCUACAGCAACCUGAUCGCCCAGCACGAGGAGCGGGAGAUGAGACAGCAGAAGUUGGAGAAGGUGAUGGACCAGGAGGGGCUGGCUGAUGAAGAGCAGAAACGAAUGCGGCGCUCUCAGCAUGCUCGCAAAGAGACUGAGUUUCUGCGUCUGAAGCGAACACGCCUGGGCCUGGAGGAUUUCGAGUCGCUCAAGGUCAUCGGCCGAGGAGCUUUUGGAGAGGUUCGAUUGGUGCAGAAGAAAGACACAGGCCAUGUCUAUGCAAUGAAGAUCCUACGAAAGGCUGACAUGCUGGAAAAGGAGCAGCUGGGUCAUAUCCGGGCUGAGCGGGACAUCCUGGUGGAGGCUGACAGUCUGUGGGUGGUCAAGAUGUUCUACAGCUUCCAGGACAAGAUGAAUCUGUACCUCAUCAUGGAGUUUCUUCCUGGAGGGGAUAUGAUGACCCUCCUGAUGAAGAUGGACACCCUGAGUGAAGAGGCCACACAGUUUUACAUCGCAGAGACCGUCCUGGCCAUAGACUCCAUCCACCAGCUUGGCUUCAUCCACCGCGACAUCAAACCCGACAACCUGCUGCUGGACUCCAGGGGCCAUGUCAAGCUGUCAGACUUCGGUCUGUGCACAGGGCUGAAGAGGGCUCACCGCACCGAGUUCUACAAGAACCUCAACCACAGCCUGCCCAGUGACCUCAGCAAACAGACUCAGAACAUGAACUCCAAGAGGAAAGCAGAAACCUGGAAGAGGAACCGCAGGCAGCUGGCCUUCUCCACAGUGGGGACCCCAGACUAUAUUGCCCCUGAAGUCUUCAUGCAGAAUGGGUACAACAAGCUGUGUGACUGGUGGAGUCUGGGAGUCAUUAUGUACGAGAUGCUCAUAGGAUACCCGCCCUUCUGCUCAGAGACGCCUCAGGAGACCUACAGGAAGGUGAUGAACUGGAGGGAGACACUGACGUUCCCUCCUGAAGUACCCAUCUCAGAGAAGGCCAAAGAGCUCAUCCUCAGGUUCUGCUGUGAGGAGGAGCACAGGAUUGGAGCUGCUGGAGUGGAAGAGAUCAAGACCAACCCGUUCUUUGAGGGUGUGGACUAUGACCAUAUCAGAGAGCGUCCUGCUGCCAUCCCCAUAGAGAUCAAGAGCAUUGACGACACUUCCCACUUCGACGAGUUCCCAGACUCAGACAUCCUUCACCCAGCCACCUCUGUGUCCAACCAAACAGAGACAGAACUCAAGAACAAAGACUGGGUCUUCAUCAACUACACGUACAAGCGCUUUGAGGGGCUGACAGCCAGAGGGGCCAUUCCGUCAUACAUGAAGUCGGGGAAGAGAUGAGGAGGGACCUCGCAUAGGCCUCUCUUCUAGGCUGCUCAUAGGAACUGCUCACUCUGGCACUGGGGACGGGCCUCUUACUCAGACUGCGGUGUUCCAAACUGCUUUGCCUUCUUCCAAUGGGACUCUUCCAAAAACCAGCAUUCCACUCCCUCCGGCUGCACGCAGUUGGACCAAGGGCUUCCUGGACUUGUUCUUCAGGGAUCUUCUGCUGUGGCUUCUCCAAAGUGCUGCUGUCUGAACCAAAGACUCAGUCAGGUUUCUGCUCAUUUAGGCUGGACUGGGGGCGGGGCGUCCUGUUAGCUUGUAGGGGACACAUUUUGUACACACACACACAAACACACACAUACAUACACACAAAAUGUUACACUUUUUACACGUUUUGGCCUUGUUCAGCACCUUAUAUCAUAUUAUUGAUGCAAUUUGAUUCUGCUCUGUAUCUUGAUCGGCAAUAUUUAUUUAACCACUAUUAAAAUCAUGUGUUGAAUGCAUUUUGUCUUUGCAGGGAGUCCACUGAAAUGACAUUUGAUUGUGUAGGAAUAAUUUCUGUGCAUGUGAUGAACGAGGAGUGCAUGUGUCUGCUUUUUUACUAUUAAUGCUAUUUAAGGGCACUGUACCUGAUUUUUUUUCCCCAUGUAUUUAAGCAAAAUGCGUAUCUGCUCCAGAUAUAUUGUAUAAGCAGGUUUU